AUGGGCUGCAUAUAUGAAGCUAUGGAUAGAGCAAAAGAGCAAAUCUGGAAAAAUUUUAAUGAUGUGCAAAGGAGAUAUAGACCUAUAUUGAGAAUUAUUGAAACUAGAUGGGAGCUUCAACUUCAUAGGCCUUUACAUGCAGCAGCUUAUUUUCUCAAUCCUAAGUUUCAUUAUGAUCCCAACUUUGUUGCAAAUGAAGAAGUGAGAGUUGGACUUUAUGAAGUGAUUGAAAGGAUGUGUCCUACAACUUUGGAGAGAUGUCGGAUUGAUCUACAAUUGGAGAAAUUUGAUAAAGCUGAGGGUUUGUUUGGAAAAGAAAUGGCUAUACUUACAAGAACAAAGAAGCAGCCAGCAUUGUGGUGGGAAAGUUAUGGAGUACAUUGCAAAGAGCUUCAAAACUUAGCUAUACGUGUCUUAAGCCUAACUUGUAGUGCAACGGGAUGUGAAAGAAAUUGGAGUACUUUUGAUCAUGUACACACUAAAAAAAGAAAUCGACUUGAGCAACAAAGAGUGAAUGCUUUGGUGUUUGUAAACUAUAAUAUUAAUUUGGAGUUGAGACAAAUAAAGAGAGAAGAGAAUGGUGACUCAUAUGAUCCAAUUUGUCUAUCGGAUAUGGAAUCUGAUGAUGAAUGGAUUACCGAAAAGGAAGAACCUUGCUUGCCAGAAGAUACUUCAUGGAUGGACAUUCAUGAAUGCUUUGAAGUUAAUGAGGAAGGAUGUAGUAGAAAAAGAAAGAGAGGUCCAAGAAAUUUGAAUGCCAAAAAGAAAAGUAAAGAAAAAGUUAUUGAAGUUGAAGAACCAGAAGAGAUAGUGGAUGUUGGAGAUGAUGAAGAAGAUGUACAAGAAGAUGCCAAUGAUGAAAUGAUUUUGCAAGAUGAUGAAGAUGAUAACUUCAUUGACUUGGACUAUGGAGAUGAUUUUGAUGAUUUUGAUUAG